AUGCAGCUCCCCAAAUCCAUUUUCUUACUAUCUUGCGCAACCCCGCUCGGGGUGUUGGCUGGCCCAAAACCAGUCAUAGAUAAAGGAACUACCUUCACAUGCUUUGAUGCUAAAAAUCCUGGAUUCAAGAUGGGGUGGUGCGCCAACAAAGUUAUCACUCUCAGUGAGAUACCCGGCAUGAAACAAAAGUAUUUCAAACCAGUAAUUCAGGCAAACAAAGUGGGAGCUGCAGAACACUUCAAUUAUAAUUGUGAGGGGAAGGAUACAAAUAUUAAUUUUUGUUGUAAAAACAAUUGGAAACCAAACCCAUCUGGCUCUGGUGUGGUUAGUAUCUCUGAAUCUAAUUGUGAGACAAAAGAGAGAAUUCCAAAUAAUCCAUGA